AUGGAUAUACUCCUUCCUCAGACCCAAGGCGAAAUAGUAUACAUUUAUAUUUCUGCUCGUAAUCUUCGAAAUUUGGAUCAUUCAAACAUACUAGAUUUCAGAUGCCGAGUAUACCUUAAGGAUGAUUUCGUAGGGGAAACAGAAGUCUCGAAAUCUUCACUUGACCCUGAUUUCAAAUAGCCCAUUCCAAUCAUGUACAAGUUUAACAAAAAAUAAAAACUGACUUUCCAAAUAGUCGAUGCUGAUUAGGAAUUGUCUAAUCAAUUGAUUACUCAAUCGAAUCAAGCAGCUCUUGUUGGAUCAUGCAAAUAACCUCUAGCUAAACUGAUGGGAGCUAGAAAUUCAUUGAGUCAACUCAAUCUAUUGAAGGGUGAUGAAAUAGUUGGAAAUAUCAUUAUUCACGUCACCAAAAAAGGACCUUAAAUUAUUGGAUAAAAAUAGCAAGGACCCAAAGUUACGGAGAUAAAAUGGCGUUGGGCUGGUGUCAAAUUGCUUGACUUAGAUUUUUUCACUAAAUCAGAUCCAUUCGCUAAAUUUCAUUCAGUCAAUGGUGAUUAAAUCGAUUUGAUUCAUUAAACUGAAAUCAUCAAAAAUAAUUUGAAUCCUAAUUGGAUGGGAUGGGAAACUACUGAAGAAUAAGCCUUCAAACAUUCAAAAUAACUAUAUGUAGAGGUCAUGGAUUACGAUAAGUUAGGAUCUCAAUAGAUUGGACAUGUGACAAUCGACUAUAAUGAGAUCAAAAACAAUAAAAGAGCAGAAUUUCCGUUAUUGACUCCAAAAGGAAAAAAUGCUGGUACAUUAAAAUUAGUAGAGUUGGCAAUAAUUGAACCACCUAUUGAGGCUGUAGAAAUAGUAUAAGAAGAACCAAAAGAUCCCACAUUUCUAGACUAUCUCAUGGGUGGAUGGCAAAUGUCAUUGACAAUAGGUAUUGAUUUCACAUUCUCAAAUUAACCCAUCACUAAACCUGAUUCCUUACAUAAAAUUGACCCAAAUAAACUCAAUUAUUAUCAAUAAGCAAUGAAAGUAAUUGGUGGAGAGAUUGUUGCAUUCGAUUAUGAUAAAGAAGUGCCAGUUUAUGGAUUCGGAGGAACACCAAAACUUCCUACUUAUACAAAGAAUACGAUGGAUGAUUGUUUCCCAAUAAAUGGAAAUAAGGAUAAUUCAAAUUGUUAGGACAUUAAAGGAAUAUUGGAGGCUUAUGUCAGUGCAGUUCCUUAAAUUGUUUUUUCAGGCCCCACAUUCAUUGCCAAUGUAUUGAGCAAGGCACAUCAAUUUGCAGUAGAGAAUGCAAAAUAGAAUAUAUAUACAGUAGCCAUGAUUCUUACUGAUGGAUAAAUUGAGGAUCAGGAUGAUGCAAUAAAAGUAUUAUUACAAUGCCAGAAUUUGCCAAUGUCCAUUGUCAUUAUUGGAGUUGGAGAUGAAAACUUUAAGUACAUGAAAUAGUUUGAUGAUCCUAAAUUCCUUAAGAAACAUGCUAAAGAGAAUCAAACAAUUAGAGACAUCAUCCAAUUCGUUUCAUUUUAAGAUUUUAAGAAUGACAUUGAAUAGAUGAGUUCUGUUGUUUUGGACCAAUUACCCAAACAAUUCAUGGACUACAUGCACGUCAAUAACAUCCUACCUGUUAAAAUGUCGUCAGUUCACAUUGGUAAAGCAUUGUAAUGA